AUGUUUGGCGGAACCUCAAAAUGGGGUCAAAAUAAUCAACAGCAGCAACAACCUCAACAGCAACAAGGAGGCUUGUUUGGCGGUGGAACUGCAGGAGGGUUUGGACAACAACAACCACAACAACAAAAUACAGGCGGAUUCGGCCAAAACAAUGCUGGUGGAUUCGGACAGCCUGCUCAACAAAAUACGGGAGGAGGUUUAUUUGGAGGAGGUACAGCGAAUACUUCGACAUUUGGUGGAUUCGGUGCAAACACCCAACAACAACCACAACAGCAAAGUAAUGCUUUUGGUGCAUCAAGACCAACUUUUGGAGCUACUGGAGGUAGUACUUUCGGGCAACCACAACAGCAGAAUACUGGCGGAGGACUUUUCGGUAACACCAACACCAAUACCGGCUUUGGCUCUACUUCCAACACUUCUACCGGUGGCUUAUUCGGUGCCAAACCUGCUACCACUUCAACAUUUGGAUCUGGAACCACGUCAGGGCUCUUCGGCGCUAAACCCACAACUACAUUCGGUGCUACCGGAAAUCAAGAAGUGUUGAAAGGUCCUAAUGAGUUGCAGACAUAUCGUCCCGAAGCCCCUUCGGCUCCACCGCCUGCUCAAGGUACGGCUUCUCCGGCUUACUUCCCAACAUGGCAAGGUGAUCCCUCAUCCACUACCAUGGGCAAGGAAGGUCCACCUCAUCUGUUCCAUUCAGUAACUGGUAUGGUACCGUAUCGAGGAGUAUCAUGGGAGGAAUUACGAGCUUUAGAUUAUCAACAGAAUCGAAAGGAAGCAACGCAACAACCUGCCAAUACUUUCGGCGCUUCAACUGGAGGAUUUGGUCAACCUGCCUCGACAGGAUUCGGUCAAACACAACCACAAACAUCGACCUUUGGAACCAAACCCGCCGGAGGGAUGUUCGGAAGCACGGGAAGCACCGGUUUUGGAUCUACCAGCACCGGUUUUGGGUCAACCCCGACAAAUACCGGUGGAGGACUGUUCGGUCAACAACAGCAGCAACAGCAACAACCACAACAAAACCAAUCUCCCUUCGGUCAAUCAACUUCUGGUACCGCCGGCAGUCUUUUCGGUCAACCAGCUCAACCUCAAGCGAAUACUGGUGGUGGAUUGUUCGGAAAUACCAGUGUGUUUGGUAGUCAAAAUAACCAACAACAGCCUCAGCAACAGCAACAGCAAGCUGGAACAAGCACAUUUGGAGGCUUUGGGGCUGCCAAACCUGCUUUCGGAGCUGGAACAACUGGCGGGUUUGGAUCCACUGCUGCGCCCACCGGAACGAGUACAUUUGGUCAAACUGGUGCUACUGGAACAAGCAGUUUCGGAGGCUUUGGACAAACUCAACAACCGCAACAGCAACAACAACAACCGGCUACCGGAGGUGGAUUAUUUGGUGGUGGCGGUGGCUUCGAUUCCCAACCGCAGCAAAAUACGGGCGGUCUAUUUGGCCAAACUGCUCAGCAACAACAGCCUGGAGCUGGUGGAUUCGGCGCACCUAAGCCUGCGGGUGGUCUGUUUGGAAGUACGCCUGCACCAGCGGCAACUAACACCGGCUUUGGUGGCUUCGGUCAAACGGCAAACAACCAACCUUCUUCGGGUGGUCUUUUCGGCAGCACCAAUAAUGCCGCAACCCAAUCUUCUUCCCUUUUCGGCCAACAACCCCAACAGCAAAACGCCCAACAACCCGCUCCCGGUGGCCUCUUUGGGAGCACUUCUACGGGUGGGGGCCUGUUCGGAGCUAAACCUGCUACUGCCACUCCAGGUACUGGCGGUUUGUUCGGUCAGACACAGCCUGUUCAGCUACCUGCCCAGGGAGGAGGCUUGUUCGGGAACACUGGAUCCACCGGAGGUCUCUUUGGCGGUACCAGUAACAAUCUAGGGCAACAGAACCAGCAACAGAACAACUCGCUUGCCAAACCAGCCGGAGGUCUGUUUGGAGGAGGCGGCGGUCUCUUCGGACAGCAAAACCAGCAACAACAACCUGCUCAGACAGGUAAUACAGGUGGACUCUUCGGUACUCUUGGUCAGUCACAACCUGCUUCCACUGGUCUCUUCGGCAGUACCAACGCUCAACCCGCUCAGCAAUCCAAUUUUGGCGGCAGUAUGUUUGGCGGUCUAGGUCAAUCGACUGGACAACAGCAACAACAACAACCCUCACUUACCGCCUCCAUCGAUCAAAACCCAUAUGGCAACAAUCAACUUUUCCAAUAUACUGGUCAGAAACUCGAAUACGGAUCACAGUCUAAGAAACCUGCUCUUCCACCCCUUACCGCCUCAUCUUACCGACUCACGCCUAGCACCAAGGGAAAAAUCAGCAAGCUGAGAGGUUUCGCCUCUCCUCUCGCCGGUUCCCAAAGUCCCGCACGAUCAAACACUCCUCUUGUUUUGGCCAGCUCACCUGCCCGAUCGAGCCUACUCAAUUCUCCCGCUGCGCCUGAUAGAUAUAAGGGUUUAACCGAUACCGCAUUGACACCCAACGCUUUCGUACCUCGUCCCAGCAUUAAAAAGUUGACUGUUACACCCAGGGUAUUCAAUGGAGCUGGAAAUGGUGAUCAGCUUGAAUCAGUCCUCGGCAAAUCAGCUUUGAAAAGCUCGACAGGUAGUCUCGCUCAGCCUACCCCCGAACGAGGUUUCAUCGCUCCUGGGAGUCCCGCUACUCUACUCUUCAAUCCUCCUGCUGCUAAUGGCAUCUCUCGAUCUGAGCAUACCGACUCACCCGUUCGACGCUCAGCGCCCAUCGCUGAAUCGUCCCUUCGAGUCUCCGGGUCAGAGCGCGCACCUAAGAAAGGAGAAUACUGGUGUAAACCUAAAUUGGAAAAGCUUCGUCAAUUAAGCAAGCAGGAAUUAUCUGAACUUCACAAUUUCACGGCUGGUCGACGUGGGUUUGGUGAAGUAACGUUCCUCGAGCCGGUCGAUCUGACUCUGGCUCCUCUCGACGAUCUGCUUGGUACCAUUGUUGUUUUCGAUCAAUCUGAACUAUCGGUUUAUCCCGAUGACUACCCUGCUAAAGCUCCCGAAGGACAAGGCCUUAAUAUACCCGCUCGAAUUACUUUAGAAAAUGUCUUCGCUCAUGAUAAAGCUACCAAAGAACCUAUCCGAGAUUCUUCUGACCCUAGAUUUGUUCGAUUCUUGAAGCGGGUCAAGAACAUUCCGAACACUGAGUUUGUUAGUUACACCGACGAUGGAACAUGGUCUUUCAAAGUUGAACAUUUCAGCAGAUAUGGGAUUGAUGAAAGCGACGAAGAUGAUGCUGAACCUCAACCAAAGAAACACGUUCGACAGAGAAGUGCAGCGACUUAUGAGAGAACUCCAUCUAGAACUCCUGAAUCAAUGCAAGAUGAAGAUGAGGAUAUGUUACCGCCUACUAAAGGCUUACGGGAUUUUUCCGAAGGGGAACAUGAUUCCGGGCUAGAGGACGAUUCUUUCGAGGAAGAAGAGACAUAUGAAAAUGGAGAUGAGGAAUUUGACGAACCGGACGAUAUACCUGAGCAAAUAAUACCAACGUGGGAUCAACCCUUGAAAAGCAAGAUCGGUGUUGAAGGAAUGAAAAAACUACGAGAAAUGCAGUCUUCUUUUUUCGCUGCUCCACCGCAGAAGGUUGAUACCAAAAAAAGGGAUAUGAGAGAGAGAAACAAAGACUCGUUUUUUGGUGAAGCCGGGGAGGACAUUGAAUCGCUUGAUAACCGGGCUGUCAAGCGCACCUCCUUCGGCGAAACUCGUGUUAGCCCACCGAAACUUCGACAACCUAGAAAAUAUGCCCGUGUACUUGAAGAUGACAGUGUAAUCAAAGGAGAUGAAGGCAUCAGAGUUGAUGCUGGAUUAGCUCUCGGAAGGUCAUUCAGAUGUUCUUGGGGACCCAAAGGCGAAUUGGUGCAUUUCGGAAAGAUUACUGCUCCUGGAGCGACCAUAAUUCCCGAAUCAAACGCCGUGGUACAUAUUGAAAAAGUGGAAACUCUCGCCGAUGAAACGAGGUCUGAAAACGCUAAAGCCAAGAAACUGCUUGCAUUACAUCUGGAAAACACCAUCGUUGAGACCCUGGACGGUAUACCUUACGCCGCAAUCGACACUACUAUUCGAUUCCGGGAUUUUGCUUCUCGCUUUGACGCUGGCGAUCGAUCGCACGAAGCCAGCGUGUUCCGUCUAGGCGUCGCUCUUUUCGAUGAACUUGAUCUACGACUCCCUUCCGAUUCACCCGAAGAACUAGUGGAGCGGAUAGCUUCUAUCAGACGAAAAUUGGCUCUCUCAAACUGGCUAGAAGAUGCUGUUUCUCCAGCCGUUGAUUCAGACUUGAUAAAAAGUGGAGAAGAUCGACCUGCGAAAGCAUUCGCUCUUUUGAGCGGACAUCAAGUAGAACGAGCCGUUCAAUCUGCUCUGGAUGGCGGUGAUAUGAGACUUGCAACUUUGAUUUCACAAGCCGGGGGAGAAGAGAUAUUCCGAGAAGAGUUAAUGAGACAAUUAGAAGAUUGGCAAAAAUACAAAGUCAAUCCUCUUAUAGCUAAAGGAUAUCGAAAACUCUACGCCCUCUUAGCCGGUAUCACUGAUAUCUCCCCUGAUGAUCCUUCAAAAGGGUCUGAUGGAUGUCCUAAUGUCCUCAUUGCUGAAGGUUUAGAUUGGAAACGGGCAUUAGGUCUACAACUAUGGUAUGGUAAUCGAUUUGAAGAUACUAUAUCAGAUGUCGUCUCAGCAUACUCUGCAUCUCUCGAUUCAACUCAUCCCCCUGCCAAACCACUACCUGCCUAUCUGGAAAUCCCAGCCCACUUACCAAGAAAUUGGAAUUCUCCCUACGAACCCACAGACGUCUUGUACAACUUGAUCAAACUUUAUUCAAACAGAGAAAUCUCAUUAGAUCAAAUACUGCGUUCACGUGAUACUUCACCAUCACCAUUUGAUGUUAGACUAUCAUGGCAUUUAUAUAUACUCCUCUCUAGAGUGUUGGAGAAGAGAGAUUUUGAAGAUAGGGAAGGAGAGGGGUAUUCUGCUUCAGCGGAUAAAUUGACAGAAGGUUUCGCUAGUCAGCUGGAGCUCAAUGGCGAAUGGACCUAUGCCGCUUUUGUCUCAUUACAUCUUGAAACAUCCAUAGGUCGAGAACAAUCAAUUCGAGCUCUAUUAUUCCGCCACCCCUACCCAACUUCGGACGAACAAGAUUUUCUUACUCAAACACUCAAAAUACCAAUCGUAUGGAUACACGAAUCCCGAGCUGCAUCCCUUUCUUCAUCCGGAGAUGCAUGGGGAGAGUAUCACGCUCUACUCAAAGCUGAAUUAUGGAAUCGAGCACACAAAGUUUUGAUUGCCAAAUUAGCUCCCGAAGCUGUUUUGAGGGAUGACAAGGUCUUAUUGAGGAAGUUAUGCGAAAACUUGGAUGGAAAAGGCGCAGAAGGUUGGGAGUAUGGCGGCAAGUUAUUCCUCGACUGGGCGGACCUCACCACGGAUACAGCUCGAAUAUUGACAUCAGUCGUCCAGGCAGGAUCACAUCCUGAUCCGAGAGAAUCCACAACGUUAUCAGAUCAUUCCCGGAACCUACCUAGGGUAUUACAACUCCUCCCCGCCCUGUUCCCAGAUAAAAAAGACAUACAACAAGUUGCAGGACUAAGUGAGAUGUUAAGUCCUCUAUAUCAAUUAGCGGGAUUGUUGCAUUCGGCUGGAUACAUCAACAAACAAUCUGUACCGACAUAUCUGGUAGAUGAAGAUAGAUUGGAUUUACUUCAAUCUGCUGCAUUUGAAUCGUUCAACAAAUCCUUAGACUCUUUACCUGUUUCAGCGUAA